CGUAAUCGCUGAACGCGUUCGGACCCUCCGGAUCGCGACAACAACGCGAGGUUUUAAUUACGUUUAAGAAUCACGGCGAUCCUUAUCGCGUCGCACCGAUCAUAUUUCAAUUUUUACAUUUGUUCAUCUUGUCAUACCAUUUGAAUUGUUUUUCCUUCGGACGCACCAAUCAGGCACACGUCUCUCGACGCAGAUGAAGCUUGGCGCGCAAUCAUUUUUAAUCAUCGGUAUUCAGAUAAGAAAAAUUGAUUGCGCGUAGGAAAACUCUCGAUGCACUUGAUAGAAAAGUAUGAGAUACUGAUCGAACGCGACGCGUCUCAGAUCUCUCGGCUCUGGAAAUACGGACAGAUGCUUUUGUAUCUUCUAUCCUCGAUGAGUGGAUACAUUUGCAGCUUUUUGUUCUACACGUUACAAGAAUAUAUAUUCGGAGGUAAAUGUCCGUUCUGGGCAACGUGUAGCGUCAUAUCGCGAGAGCAAAUUGGAUCCGUUGUCGAUGAAGAUAGAAUCGUCUCAGAAUGGUGGGAAUAUGUCCAUACCGAUUAUCGUUACGCUGUUCUGUGCGAUGUAUACUUAGGAACGUGUUUAUCGUCUUGCACGUUUGGAAUCAUUUGGUUCAUCCUGUUCAUGCUGUGCGGAAAAGGUGGCCACAACGCAUCCCUAUACGAGCGUCCAUGGAGAAUUGUAUUACCUGCAGUGGUCUUUAAUUUUUUAUUCACCGGUGCAAGCAUAUAUUCGCAUUACAACCUGGGACAGGGAUACAAGGCGUUUAACAAAAGCAUAAUGGGGAUCCCCUUCGAAAUGUACAACGUUUAUAAUGUAGUAUUGACUUUGAGUGACUGCGACGUUGUAGAGGGUUACAUGCACAUUAAUAAUUUUUAUACUCAUCAUGAUAUGUGUCACGUACUGCCAUAUCUCCAGACCUUUUCAGGAUUGAUAGUGUGCUGUUGGAUAGGAGGACUCAUGAUUUUACUUUUCAGAAUAUUAGUAGUUAACGAUUUCAGAAUUUUAAAGGUGAAGAUUUAUGAGAUAAAGGAAGAUUAAUUAAACAUAUGUUUAUUUCGUGAU